CUCGCCUUACUGCGCCGUCUGCAUGAAGUGGCCGGGGUAGAGAGUCCACCAUUGCUGAUGGAAAAUAACUUCAGACCUUCAAUGCCAGUUAACAGGAGAACAGUUAGAACCAAUAUCAAACCAAACAGUCAGGUUGCAAAUUGCCAAGCACACAAGCUAGCAUUUUAUGAAGUAAACAGCAGAUUUCUACCAACAUGA